GCCCUAAUUCUUACACUGCGUCUUCUUCAUCUCUCUCUGUUUGAGGGCAAUGCCAAUCCUUCAACUCCUCCCCAACCCAUUCUUCUUCAACUCUUUCCAUUCCAAAUCCCUAACUUCCUCGAUCCCCAACCAUAAGCCCUUCUCCAAAUCGUACUCUUCCACCGCUGUCAAAUGCGUCCUUCAAUGGAAUCGGAAGCCCGAGCUCGCCGGUGACACUCCCCGCGUCGUCGUCGUCACCUCCGGCAAAGGUGGAGUCGGAAAAACCACCACCACUACCAAUGUCGGUAUUUCCUUAGCCCGCCUUGGGUUCUCUGUUGUGGCUAUUGAUGCGGACGUUGGCCUCCGGAAUCUCGACCUUCUUUUAGGCCUUGAGAAUCGUGUAAAUUACACGGUUGUUGAGGUUCUUAAUGGGGAUUGCCGGUUGGACCAGGCUCUGGUGAGGGAUAAACGAUGGUCGAACUUUGAAUUGCUUUGUAUUUCUAAGCCCAGGUCGAAGUUGCCGAUGGGUAUUGGUGGGAAAGCCUUGGUUUGGCUUGUGGAUGCGCUGAAAGCUAGGGAGGAAGGUUGUCCCGAUUUCAUUCUUAUCGAUUGUCCGGCUGGAAUUGACGCUGGAUUCAUUACCGCCAUUACGCCAGCCAAUGAGGCGAUUCUUGUAACGACGCCAGAUAUCACCAGCUUGAGAGAUGCAGACCGGGUGAUAGGAUUGCUCGAAUGCGAUGGAAUUCGGGACAUUAAGAUGAUGGUGAAUCGGGUUCGGACGGAUAUGAUUAAGGGGGAGGAUAUGAUGUCUGUACUAGACGUACAAGAAAUGUUGGGAUUGGCUUUAUUGGGUGUAAUUCCCGAGGAUUCAGAGGUAAUUCGUAGCACAAACAGAGGGUACCCUCUGGUAUUAAACAAGCCACCCACAUUGGCGGGUUUGGCCUUUGAGCAGGCAGCUUGGAGGCUUGUUGAACAGGACAGCAUGACGGCUGUGAUGGUUGAGGAGGAGCCGAAGAAACGAGGUUUUUUCUCAUUCUUUGGAGGCUAAGAGAUCAAAUUCUCUGCAGACGAUGUGCUCUGAUCUUAAGGGGCCAUGUAUAAAUUGGAGUAGAAGGAUUUGAUAGUGUUAGAAGAGCACCUGCAACUGCUACUCCUUGUUCAAGAGGACAUGCUACGGUGAGUAGUUCUGUAUAGUUGGUGUGAUUCUGAUUCUCUUGAUUUGAUUGGUAGAUAUCUUUAUAUUAGUUCUAGACUCCUGUUUUGGCAUUUGUUAGUGAGAGAAAUUUCACAAUUUGUUUUGAGGUUAAAUAACGAUAGCUUUGCUUGGUUCCUAGAGCACUUCUAAUGUGAUGGAAUGAAAUCUCACGCUUGCCUUUCUGAACAAAUUUUGUGAUUUGGUUUGUAGAAGCUAAUGCCAACAUUUUCGUUAAGGGUGUAAAGACUACUAACGUGUUUUUUUACAAAAGAAGUCAUAGUAGAGAUUGGUUUGAAAGCUAUUAUGAGUCUAGCUCAAUGGUUAAGACAUCCCAAUUUCUUCUAAAAAGUUGUAGGUUCAAAUACCCCAUCUCUCAUAGGUUGUAAUAUUCUAAAAAAAGGAGUGGAGGUUGAUUUGAAAAUUGUGUUGCCAUAGAUUUCGUUGAUAAAAAGUGUUUAAUGGUAAAAUACUCUUGUUGAUUGGUUCCAGGAGUGUUUUUUCUAGUAUAUUUGUAAUGUUUUUUUUCCCUCAAAAAAAGUAAUUAGAAUGCCCUUUUGAAUUGUUUACAGUGAUAAUGAGUAAGUGUAAAGAGGUUAGUAAAAGUGUGUAUAAUGAAAAAUUAGUAAGUGAAAAUAUGUGAAGAAAGAAUGAGAAAAGGUGUGUCGAGAGAGAAGUUAGCGAGAAAAAGUGUGUAGAGAGUGAAGUUAGUAAGAGAAAUUAUGUGUCAUAAGAGAUUAAGAACGAGACGUUUAAGCUGAAAGAAAUGGAUAUAGCACCUAACAAUUGCUUCCUUGGAAAGUAUUUUGAGAAAGCAGUGUGUUUAACCAUUUAAAUUUUUUUCUUUGAUUAAAAACACUCCGGAAGAUACCCUAAUUCCAUUUAAAUCGGCCCUUUGCUCUUCCAGGCACGAUUAAUGAUUUAUCUUGAAUGAGCAAAAGUACUAUAUUCUGGUGAAGGAUUUUGAAACUAUCUUAUUUCAAAACAAGAUAUAAAAGAUCUCACUCACAUGGACCGGAUUCAAAGUCAUUCCCCCUUGUUGGGGUCACAGUGGCACAGUCAGUCGUAGGAAGGUUUAUGAGGAUUUGGACUAUAUCCUUUGGAGUUGUCAACUUUCUUUUUGACUUUUGGGGUAUGUUUGGUCCAUAACACGGAUUGUUGCCUUACAAUGGGGAGGUUCUGUUUCAUUCUCCUUUCAGGGAUAAGGGCAGCAUUCUCUGUUUUUAGUUUCAUGGCAUAUUUAGAUUGGGAGAAGCAAUAGAAUCUUUAUGGAUGGAGAGAUCUUGAAAUGAGCUUCAAAGCCGAAGCUUUUAAUAGCUUGCACGGCUAGAAGCUUGUAGAUACCCAUUUGGCAAAACCCCGAUGGCAUCAAAUAAUGGCUAUCACAUUGCAAAAUGGAUCAACUUGUCUCCAAUUCUGUCAUUGUUGAUGCUUGCUUUUCGUGUAGAUUAAGAAUUGUUCCAAUUUUAGACAUCAUUCAUGACAUGGCUUGCAUCACACCCCUUAACAUGUUUAUACUUUUCCUUUCUUGUUUGAAUACAUUUAAGGCGGCUUAAAUUUCAAAUUUAGUUUAAGAUUCUUUUUAUGAUUUAAUUCCUAAACUUUUAAAAGUUUCAUUAUGUCGUUGCAUUCGUAAUUGUGUGUUUACCAGGUCUUUGUUGUACUUAUACGUUGGACUAAUUCGGUAAGAUAACAUCUCGUCAAUACAUAAUCUCUGUCUAAUCAGGAGUCCUUGCACAGUGGUUAAACUGCUAGUUAGUAUCAUUCAUUUUGGACCAUAAAAUUUAAAAUUUUACAUUUCAUUUCAAAUUGAUCGUUCAAAUUCCAUUAUUCUCACGUUUGUUGGGUGUU